AUGAAGAGACCUGACGCCGCAGCCUUUGAGAAGGUCGGUCCUUGCUCUCAGCCUGCUGCAAAAGGGUUCCCAAACGCAAACACAGUGAAGGUUAACAGAAGUAGAGAUGCUGCCGCUGCGGGCCUCCCUCCAGAAUUAGUCGACGACUUGCUUCGGCAGCACUGCCACGGUAUGUGGGGCGACAGCGAUGACGACCAGCAAGAUGAGAAGAAAUCCAGUCAGACCAGUUCCUUGAAAUGCGCCAUAAAGGAGCAAUCAAGCGGGGGAGGACCCGGUGGGAAGACGCUUCACAGGCCGCUUGCCCAGGCAUCUCCCACUUGCGGAGUCACUGACGAAGGUCCGACGCAAAAGAAGCAAAAAGUACGAGCUAGUGAGGCGCUCUCCUCAGCUCAGGAGACAGGUUACCUUCAAUUAAAGUCUUCCGAUACCCCGACGCAAAGGCAUUCAAUGGCCGUACAUGCGAAUGUAGCACCAGCUCAUGUGCUCCCUCCCACGCCCUGGCAGAACUCGGAAAAGCGACGAAGCCACCAAAGGGAGUCGAAAGCUAAACGGCAAGCCAAAGAUCUUAGGAAAUGGAGCAAUAUGCGCGCAUGUGCACUGCGUCCCAUUCUCAAGUCAGCACCUGCGGGUGGUCAGUGCCCAACAAAGAUUAGCUGCGCGACAGCAGAAAAUGGCGAAGUGUCGAGGUCCCUUAUGACACAUAAUGGUUUGAGAGACCUCUCAUUUGUCGCGGAUCCAGAAGAUGCCAACUUCGUGCCGCUCGCUGCGCAAGCAGAGAAGCACGACGAUAAGCAUAGGAAAGACCAGGCGGAGCCUGCCAAAGAUGCGAAAAAGGAGUUCGAUGAAACGGUUCAAGACAUCCGCAACAUGGCUGCUACAAAAACCCAAAAGAUGCCUCUUCCAGAGCUGUUAGCUCGCAAAAAGGCGACAGCUGCCGUUAUAGAAGCCCGGCAGGCUGAGGAGAAAGCGCUUGGUGUUAGGAGUCAUAUUGACACCCAAGGCUCAAUACAGCACGCUUCACGUAACCGCUCAAAACUUAUGGCAAUGAAGGCGCGAAGAAAACACCUGCGAGAUACUUUUAAGCAUGCCGGGAAACUAGGAAGCAGUGCAUCAUCGGGCGGAAAAACGUAA